UCCUGAAUAUGUGUGUGUGUUGGAGGGUAUGUGUGUACAGAGGAAGGUAACGGGGACAGAGGAGAGCUUUGUGUGCUGUUCCAUAUUCAGCUGGGCAGCGUAGCUAUCUCUCACUCAGAUUUCAGCCUUUUUGAACAUGCAGUGGCUUCUUUUCACUCUUCUCACGACUUAUGCCGAGCAGUUUCUUUCCAGCGCUGAAGAAAAUGUUAACUCAUCCCUGAUGACUGGGACAAUAUCAGCUGAGUCAGAGGUUCUCCAUCGCAAGCAAUUUUGCCAUUGGCCCUGCAAAUGCUCGCACCAAAGCUCUUGCCCACCAGGAAUGAGUCGGGUAAAGGAUGGCUGUGGAUGUUGUAAAAUCUGUGCCAAACAGUUAGGAGAAAGCUGUAAUGAAGCAGAUGUGUGCGACCAUCAUAGAGGUCUAUAUUGUGACUACUCCGCUGACAGACCCAAGUAUGAAGUUGGCAUUUGUAAAUAUAUGCUAGCAGUGGGAUGUGAGCUUAACGGAGUUCUGUAUAAAAAUGGGCAGACUUUCCAGCCCAGUCCCCACUACUUGUGUCUGUGUAUAAGUGACACAAUUGGGUGCACACCAACGCUUGUUGGAAAACAGGACCAGAAUCAAUGUGUCACUUCCCCAGGUCAGCCCAAAAUAUCAGAUAAUGCCAACUGUGCCCUGGAGAAGGACAGUUACAAGCCAGACUACAAAUUUACACCAGUUUACAAGGUUUUGCCACUUGUCUGGAAAAGAAAAUGCCUGGUCCAUGCUACUCAAUGGAGCCCUUGCUCAAAAACCUGUGGCAUGGGGAUUUCAAUCCGAGUGAGCAAUGAAAACAACAAAUGCGAACGUAGGCAAGAAAGGAGGCUCUGCAUUCUCAGACCCUGUAACGCCACCUUACUCAGCACUAUCAAGGUUCCAAAAGGAAAAACUUGCCAGCCCACCUUCCAACCUCCCCAACCAGUGAAAAUGGUGUUAUCAGAGUGUUCGUCCGUGCGUACCUACAAACCCACUUACUGUGGGGUGUGCAAAGACCGGAGGUGCUGUAUACCUAACAAAUCCAAAAUGAUAACAGUUCGGUUUAACUGCCCAAAUGAAGGGUCUUUUUCGUGGAAAAUGAUGUGGAUAACAUCCUGUGUUUGCCAGAAACACUGCAGUGAUCCUGGAGAUGUAUUUCCUCACCUUAUCGUUUUGUGAGAGUUUCCCAUGUGUUCCUUUCCCAUGCUUUCCAUUACCAUGCUUUGAUUCCAGGUUGUAAGUAUAAAUCUAAUUUUUGCACUGUUGAGCUGACAAAUGUGAAGAAAUGGGAAAGAACAUCGACUGCAGGAGGGAGGUAGAUGCAAAGGGAAGCACCUAUGGAUGGGAUUAGAAACAUCAGACUUGAAACAUUCUGGAUAUACAAGAAAUCUUCAAAAUCUGGAGGAUAGAGGUAUGAAUUUAGAACUACAAAGACUAAUUCUCCAACAUCUCUAAAAGAAUAAAGUUCAAAUGUAAAUGAGAAACCAAUUACAACAAAGUAAAUAAAGAUUAGAAAGUGUCAAAGACUUACUGGUAUGGAUUCUCCUCUCCACUUUCUGGUGUUUUGCAUGAACACUUGUGAUGAGAUCUUUUUAGUUCACUCAUGAAAAAUGGCAUAUUGGAAAUGUGCUCAUAUUGUUCUCAGGGUGACAGCACACAAGAUUUGUCACCCGUGGUUAAAUCUUCACUACUGCAGGCAAUAACUCUCCUGAAAAAAAGACUUUCUGUAUAGGAACAUGAAGAACACUGCAAGUAAAAACUACUUGCGGUGAUCUGGCUAAACCAUGGGAAAAUGUCCCCUUUCCAUCCUGUGGUUAAGCCACAUCACCAGGCAUUAUUGGCUUUACCUGCGGCAAUCUUAAUGUUACACUAUGAAACCUCCUUUUUUGGGAGAGCUGUCGCCCACGGUAGCAGAGCGUUAACUCCAGAGGACAAAUCUCCUUGUGUGUCAUCAUCCUUUCUUCUGAAAGAAGAAACAUAUAGCAUAUAACUUGAAUUAAAUGGAAGUAUAAAUUUAUAUUAUUGUGACGAUUCCAGUGGACUUCAGUAUUCUUCCCAACAUCAUGGCCAGUAUAGCAAGCUUAUAAUAAAGAAUUCUGUAUCUGCUAAGAGCAUACUGUAAUCCCUAUACGGUCUGUGUCUAGUAUGCCAUCUUUUGUACUACCUAUUUAAUGUAAUAUAUUUAAUUGCAUUAAAUUCAAUGUUUGAAUGAA